AUGGAAGCCCCGUUAGCUAGUCCAUACUACACCGGCAACAUCCUCAACCUGAAGAUUAAGUCUGUCGGCAAGAAGUCUUCUCGCAACCUUGAAAAUGGUGGCUAUGUAAGGGCCAGGAUCGUGAAGACUCUGCAACCAUCCACAAUGUCCGUGGUCAUGGUUGUCGAGCUUCUCGAGGCUGUAGAUCAGGGUCAAGAUCCUUGCGCUCCUGGCAUUGAACCCCAAAAGCUGAUCCUAAAGAUGUAUGACCGUCGGUUCUCUCCCCAUUUGCGGGAGUCACUGGAAAUCGACGGACCGGCAACCCGGGAGACGGAGAGGCAGUUCCUCAACUUCCUAGAUGAGGGCGGCAUGCCUGAGCUCUCCUAUGCUCCAUCAUUGGAUAUCGCCUGGGGCAUAGCUCAAAAUGAGGCCUACUUCGCGCUCUACGCUGCGAAUAUGAACAAGACCGAAGUACUGGUGUAUGACCAUCUCGUGCAUCUCCAGGGGGAUGCCGUCCCGGUCUUCCACGCCGACGUGCAGCUAGAUCUACGCAACGCGCCCGGACAAAGCUCCCACCCGCUUGCCGGAGUUGAGGGCGUCCUGCUCGACUACAUCCAGGGCUUUCCACUGACUGAGCUGGAUGACAAGGUGCCCGAGGUCGAGUGGCCGGCCAUCUUCGAACAAGCCAUCGAGAAGGUGAACAAGAUCAUCGACCACCCGUUCAUCAACCACGACAUAGUGCUCCGGAACACCAUCGUCUCGAGGGAUGCGGGCGGCGGGCAGUACAAGGUCUAUUACAUCGACUUUGGCGGGUGCCUUUUCCGCCCCGAGUCCGACACCGACGAGGUGUGGAGGGCGCGGAAGCGAGAGGUCGACGAGGAGGGCAAGAUCGGCUUCCCCCUUUCCAGAUAUCUCUCGGAGGCAAGGAUAGAAGAAGCGAAGAAGAGGUACGAAGGGAGAGAUGCACCUGAUUUGCCCCCUCCGGGAUGGAAGUUUACGCCGUCGAAUCGUUUCGCGCGCAAAGCCAUGAAGCUACCGGAUAUGUAA